AUGAGAUACUACCUUAUCACUCCUGUCACCGUUUUUUUGAUAGUAAGAAUCGCUUUAUUUACUUUAAGAUUCAUCUCUAAACGUAAGCAUCUCCUAGCCACUCUUAUUAGAUUAGAAGGGUUAAUACUAAUGUUAUUCGGGACAAUUUGUUACUUUGCUACUUUUUAUUUUAACUUUUUUAAUUUUGUUCUGGUAUUUCUUACAUUAUCAGCUUGUGAGGGGGCUUUGGGUUUAGGCUUACUUGUCUCAAUUGUUCGUACUUAUGGUAGAGACCACUUUAAUUCUAUAAACUCUCUCCAAUGUUAA